AUGCUGUUCGGAGGGACGCAGAUUCGAACUCUAAAAAAGGCAAAUUAUGUCGAGAAGAUGGGCGACAAUGAGAAGGUUGAGGAGCUACUGGAGUCCCUAGAGGUCAGAGAUGACAAUAAGGACACCCAGCCUCACCUUAGCUUGGAUGAGAAGAACGCCAAGCGGGCGGAGGAAAUGUCAAAGGGAAAAAUGUUGACUACACCAUCACGGUUGUUCAAAUUAAUAAUUCCCCUAACGACUAUCGAUACAACAGGCAACAAUGACAAAGGAAUUGAACCAAUUGCAAUCCUUGUCCACCCCCAACAACCCCUCUCCUACCUAGAGCAACUCAUACAAUCCGAACUCCCUGCCAUCGAAGGCGAAAAGCAAAAGCUUCGCCCUCCCACAAUCUCCUUUAUAGCCCUCCAACACGAAGACAAUGCCAUCAAGCCCAAAAAACGUGUCGAGGAUCUUGAAAGGACUGUCGACACAGAACAGCAAGAGGGCGGCCCUAUGCGCCGCCGUCGAUCCCACGAAGAAGACGCUGAGAUCUACAGCUACCCCAGGAAAACAGACACUAGUCUGGAUUCACUGAAGGGCAAGCCUGAGCGUUUCGUACGAUGGUCCCAAGCCACCGAAGUGGGCGACUUCAUCCGCGACGCCGCACGCACACGCGAGUUCAUCGUGUCGAUAGAAGGUGCCCCAAGCGGAUUGGGAGAGAUUCGUGUCACUGUCCCGUCAUUUGACGAACGUACAUAUUUCCUACGGAUGCGGAUGCGGAAGCUUUCCCGCCGUAUCCAAGCGAUCGCAGAGAUUAAGCACAAAUGCGAUGAGUUAGCGCAACGUGGUGCGCAGCGAGUCGCGAUUGGAGGAUUUGGUAUCCUCUCCGUGUGGUGGUAUAGUGUGUACAAAUUGACGUUUGAAACUGAUCUGGGAUGGGAUACUAUGGAGCCGGUUACGUAUCUGGUUAGUUUGUCUACGUUGAUGGGUGGUUAUCUGUGGUUUUUGUACCACAACCGGGAGAUAUCGUACAAGUCUGCUUUGGACUUUACGGUCAAUGCACGACAGAAGAAGCUGUAUCAGCAGCAUAAUCUCGAUCUGCAACUCUGGGAGACGCUCAUCGAUGAGGGAAAAGCGCUGAGAAGGGAGAUCAAGGGAAUUGCAGCGGAGUACGAUGCUGAGUGGAACGAGCGGGUUGAUGAGCAGGACGAGAUGGUUACUGAGGCAUUGAGGUCGAAACCGAAGGAUGAAGAGAACAAGGACAGUAAAGAGAAGGAUAACAAAGAGAAAGAUAGUGAUUGA